CACACCCAUCCCUGGAUCUGCUUCUAGGUCAGGCUUGGGUGCCACUUCCCCAGAGGAACUGUGGCAGCUGCUAGAGGCUAGGCAGAGCAUCUGGCGUGUGCGACCAUGGCUGGAGGCAUGUGGGGCCAGGGCCAGGCCCAGAGGGUCCCCGUGGGGGCCCUAACCCUGACAGCUCUGGCUGAAGGCAUCCGAUCCAGCCAGGGUGAGCGUCUGGGACCCUAUCCCGUGGGCCUUCAGCCUGAGCCGGGGCUUGACUGUGAGGCAGACCCUGGGAGUGCAGCUGCCAUCUUCAGAGCCAGUGAUGGGCCCUGCUCCCUGCCAGCCCCAGAGGGGCCUCAUCAGGCCCCCCAAAGCUCCUGGGAGGACGGGGCUCUUGCCGACCUGGCACUGUAUACAGCUGCCUGCCUGGAAGACACUGGUUUUGUGGGGACCCAGGCAACAGCACUCACCCUGUCUUCAACCCUGGAGGCCCGGGGGGAGCGGCUGGAGGACCAGGUGCACGCUCUUGUGCGAGGGCUGCUGGCACAGGUGCCCAGCCUGACUGAGGGGAGGCCCCGGCGGGCAGCCCUGCGGGUGCUGAGCGCACUGGCCCUGGAACAUGCGCGGGACGUGGUGGGUGCGCUGCUGCGGUGCUCACUGCCCCAAGACCGGGUGGUGGCUGACCUAUGGCGCAGCCUGAGCCGGAACCAGCGUGUGAAUGGGCAGGUACUGGUGCAGCUGCUGUGGGUGCUGAAGGGCGCGGCUGGGCCCCAGCUGGAGGCAAUGGCGGCCACUCGUGCUCUUGGGGCGAUGUUGUCCGUGUCUGGCUGCGUGGGCGCUAUACGGGGCUUCUACCCACACCUCCUGCUGGUGCUGGUCACACAGCUGCACCAGCUGGCCCGGAAUGCAUGCUGCCCGGAUACCCCCACGGUUUGGGCCCUGUCCCACCAAGGGCCACCACACAGCAGUGCCAGUUGCGCCGUGGAGGCCUUGAAAGCCCUGCUCACCGGGGACGGCAGCCGCAUGGUGGUCACGUGCAUGGAGCAGGCUGGAGGCUGGAGGAAGCUGGUGGGAGCCCACACCCACCUGGAGGGUGUCCUGCUUUUGGCCAGUGCCUUGGUGGCCCAUGCCGAUCACCACCUGCGAGGCCUGUUCGCUGACCUCCUGCCCCAGCUGCGCUGCACAGAUGACACUCAGCGCCUCACAGCUAUGGCCUUCUUUACUGGGCUGUUGCAGAGCCGACCCACGGCACGGCUCCUACGGGAGGAGGUCAUCCUGGAGCGGCUCCGCGCCUGGCAGGGCGACCCUGAGCCCGCAACGCGCUGGCUGGGCCUGCUGGGCCUGGGCCACAUGGCGCUGAGCAGGAAGAAGGUGCGGCACAGGAGCACGCUGCUGCCCACACUCCUGGGCGCCCUGGGCGAUGGCGACACGCGCCUCGUAAGUGCCGCACUGGGCGCGCUGCGGAGGCUCCUGCUGCGGCCGCGGUCACCGGUGCGGCUCCUGACCGCGGAGCUGGGGCCCAGGCUCCUGCCGCUGCUGGACGACGCCAGGGACGCAGUGCGGGCCUCGGCGGUCGGGCUCCUCGGGACCCUGGUGCGACGAGGCUGCGGCGGGCUCCAGGUGGGGCUCCGCGGCCCUUUGCGGAAGCUGGUGCUGCAGAGUCUCGUGCCACUGCUCUUACACCUGCACGACCCCAGCCAGGAGGCUGCUGAGAGUUCAGAAUGGACCCUGGCCCGCUGUGACCAGGCCCUGCGCUGGGGCCUGCUGGAGGAGAUGGUCACGGUGGCCCACUAUGACAGCCCUGAGGCUCUCAGCCGUAUCUGCUGCUGCCUGGUUCAGUGGUACCCAAGUCAUGUGCCCAGCUUCCUGAGCCAGACCCAGGGCUACCUGCGGAGCCCACAGGACCCCCUUCGUUGGGCAGCUGCCAUGCUCAUAGGCUUCCUCGUCCAUCACAUGAGCCCCAGCCAUGCCAACCAGGACCUGCUGGACUCAUUGCUUGCGGACCUGGGGCAGCUGCAGAGUGACCCCCAGCCUGCUGUGGUCGCAGUGGCACAGGUGUCUGCCCAGCAGGUGGAGCUGGCAGCCUGCGAGCCGGCCAGCCCCCAGGGCCCCCGCCUUCCCUGCCUGGGCCAAGAGUGUACCUGCCCUGCCCGGCCCCCACCAAUCUACACUGACAGUCCCUUCCGGCCCCGGAGCCUCAAGAAUCGCUGGAACUGCUCUGGACCUGGCUGAGCCUGCCCUGUGUCUGCCCUCCAGGUUGGGGUCUGGGUCCAGCCCUGUGAGGGCCAGGGGCCUCAGAUGGGCACCCCACUGCUCUAUGGCCAUCCUGGCAGAGGCAGAUCUGCAGAAGAGUCUCCAUGUGAGGGGCACCCUGGGCCUGGCACUCCAUGCCAGGGCCACCCCCUAAAGCCAUUUGCAGGACCUGUUGCACACAAAGACCCCCCUCCAGAAGCUUUACUGUCCCUAGGUGACGGCUAUGUACCUGUGAGCUGGUGCCAUGAUCGGCUGCCUACUUCCUGGGCUUCCCCCGGCAGCCUGGCCCAGGUUUCCCUGCCUACCAGGGCCCUCUUGACUUCCCCAGCAGCCCAUCACUCCCCCACCCCAUCCUGUUUCCCACUCCUCACUGGCCUGUGUCCUCUCUGCUCAGGAAGCCUUGACCUGCCCUCUGUCCACACCUGCCACCCCCUCAGCUUGGCACUGUUCCUGUGCUCUCACCUCCCGCCCAUUGCUGGACCCACCUGAGCCUUCUCCAGAAAGCAUCCCCUGACCUCGCUGGCAUACCACAGGCCUGGGAUUAUACCUGUGGGUUCUGGUGUGGGGUGCCGUCAUGUGCACCCCUGCCAGACUGUGCUCUAUUCAGGAUUGAAUGAGGUAGGCGAGACUGGCCAUAUAGGGAAGAACCCGCUGGAAACCUCAGAAGCCGUGACUGAGCCCCUGUAGGCCUUAAUCGGGUUCCUCUACUUAGAAUGUCUACCUUGAAAUGUCUUCUUGCCCUUCAAGGGACCCCCGACCAAAGCUGCCUACUCAGAGUGGCCUUGACUCACAUAGCCUCUUGGUGGGCUGGGGGCAGCCCCCAGACCGGGGACCCCUUGGAGGCAGGCAUGGGGUCCUAGUCACCUCUAGGCUUAAAAUAUGGUUUAAGGUGCACACAUGUGGAUCAAUGGGGUGUGGCAUCUCUCUGAGACCUGGGACCAGGCCAAGGAUGCAGUUCUGAUAAAUUGAGUCUGGUCAGCCUGUGGCCAGAAGGGUCAGCCUGGGGGUGAGGUUAGUAGUCAGGCAGGCUCAGGGUUCAGGCUUGUGGCCAAGGUCAGGCAGGGUUCACCCGGAGACAAAAGAGGCCAGUGCUGUGUCCCUCACACACUGAACAGCAGAGCCUGGGGGUCCCGUCCCCCAGAAGCUGCCCCUGCCCCCAAGGCGCUGCUGCAGCCCUGCGUUUUGCUGAGCCUUUCUGGCCUGUGGGAGUUAGGGGGCGGGGGGUGAGGGACCAAGCCAUCUGCCCCACCUGCAGAGAGCCCAUCUGUGGAAACUUCCUGUCGGGGGGCUAUGAGCAGAAUGGCCUCCCUUUCUCUGCAAGGCCCUCCCACCUUCAUCUUGAUACUCUCAAGGCACUGGUGGUCCUAGAACCCGAGGGCCAGUAGUCCCACCCGCCAAAUAGGGCUUGGGUAGGGCGGACCAGGACCUGCCCCAUCUCCUGGCCUCAAGGGUAGUGCCUCAGGGCCCCAGAAGCUGCGCUGGCAUUCUUGCUUGUUUAAUGUUUUCUGAGACAGGACCGUUCCAGACCCAUUCACCUUGAUUUUGCCCUUGAAACCACCCUACCGAGGGUUCCCAAAGGAGGACUGUGGGCCCUGGAGAAGACAGAUAGCGACCUUCUUUCUUCACUGCGCUGGUGGCGAUUUCCAGGCGGGGUUCUGUAACCUGGAUCUGGGAUGUUUGGGGCACACUGUCUUCUGUUUUAAUGUUAAUUUUACUGCUGGGCUUGGACCCUGCAUUUUCUUAGGGAUUAAUGUCCCAGCCAAGCUUACUAUUCUUGCUCUUCUAAGAAAGUUCUAAAGCUGCA